AUGCAGAGGCAAAGUCCUCCGAAGCACAGACACGAUGGGACUUCGCCUUUGCCUCUGGGUAUGGAUUGGAGUCCUCCGCCCCGUAAAUGGAUUGGGCAGGAUACCGUUUGGCCACAUGAUCCUCACACAGGAUGGAGUUAUUGUGUUGCAAUUCCUUCUUGGGUUGUUCUUCCGAAAUCAAGAGAUUCAGAUCCUGUUGUGUUUUACAGGGUUCUGGUUGGAAUACAAUCACCAGAAGGGGUUACAGCUACAAGAGCAGUAUUAAGAAGAUUUAAUGAUUUCUUGAAGUUAUUUGCUGCACUCAAAAAGGCAUUUCCCCGGAAGAAUCUCCCACCAGCUCCACCAAAGGGACUCUUACGAAUGAAAAGCAGGGCUCUGUUGGACGAGAGGCGGUGUUCUUUGGAGGACUGGAUGUCAAAGCUACUUUCUGACAUUGAUUUAUCAAGAAGCAUUGCAGUGGCAUCUUUCCUUGAACUUGAAGCUGCUGCUAGGUCUUCAUUCCAAGAUAAAAGCCAGAAUGUUUCAGAAGCAAAUGCUUCCGGCAACAGCACAAUUUCUUCAUUACAAGCACAUCCCAAUUCAAGCAUAUCUGUGGUGUCUGGUGGUACAUCACUUGCAUCAGAUUAUGGUAGUGAUACUGCCUUUGAGACAUCUGAGGUUGGAACACCAAGCCUUGGAAGGGAUAACAAUUCUGAAGAUGGAACGGAGGAUCUGUCACUGGAUGAAGAUUUGACAAGUUCAAUAGAAAAGCUUGCGAAAUAUGGCAUGUCCAAUAUUGACGAGGGCUUGUUUAUGGGACAAGCUAUUUUAGAGCAGCUUGAAGGUUUUCCAAGACAUAAAGUGCAUGCCAGAAAGAUUAAUAAUGUUAUAGAGAAUUACACAAAUAAUGGAAUCACUUCUAAAGCUUCUUAUUUUGCUGGAGAUACAAGGGAAAUCUUGCCUGAACCAGAGCAAGGUAGGUUAAUUCAUCAUGCCCGAAAGCUUUCAACUGAGAGUAUUGGAAGUGACAUGAGUUCUCAAAAAGGUAGUGAAGCAUCAAAUUCGGCAUUUCCCAAUUCAUUUGCGGAUGGCCCCCUCGACCUUCCUAGAGAUGCUGAGGUUUCUAGAACCAUGGAAAUUUCAAGCAACCUAGAUUUACAGUUUCCAAGUGAUGUACAUGUGAUUCUUCCAUUAGAUCAGCGUCAGAAAAUGAACAGAAUUCUUUUGACGAUGCAACGGAGGUUGGUUACCUCAAAAACAGACAUGGAGGAUCUUAUAUCAAGAUUAAAUCAAGAAAUAGCUGUGAAAGAUUACCUAUCUACAAAGGUCAAGGAUUUGGAAGUGGAACUUGAAACCACUAAGCAGAAAAGUAAAGAAAACCUUCAGCAGGCUAUUUUGAUUGAAAGGGAAAGAUUUACCCAAAUGCAGUGGGAUAUGGAGGAACUUCGGCAAAAGUCAUUGGAAAUGGAGUUGAAAUUGAAGUCUCAAAAGGAUGAAAAGCCAUCUACGGAGUUGCAUCCCAGUAAGCAGAAGCUUGAGGACUUGCUGAAGCACCAUCAAGAACUAGAAGCAAAAUCAAAAGCAGAUAUUAGAGUUCUUGUUAGAGAGGUUAAAUCUCUCAGAAGUUCUCAAGGCGAAUUGAGACAGCAGCUUGAUCAAUCGCUUAAGGAAAAAUCUGAGGCAGAGAAACUCUUUCAACAGGAAAAGCGAAGAAGUGAGCAUGCAAAAAGUGCUCGUAGGAAGCUGCUUCUUGAAUGUGAGAUUCUUCGCAACCGGCUUCAAGAGUGCAGCAGUAUCUUAUUCUCUGAAAAUCAAGAUAAAUUUAUCAUAAAUUCGUCGCUAUCAGAUGCCUUGGAUCUACUAACAAAAUCUGACAACCAAAUCAGCGGCCUCCUUGCAGAGAUGUCUUCAUCGAGUAUGGGGGUUGCAAUGAGUCAAUGGCCAAGCCCUGUGCUGAAGGAACAACAACUUAGGUAUUUCCUUAUGGGCUUGACAAAAUCUUGGCUACAAAUCCCUUUUAUCACCUCUUUGCUCAGGUGUCCUACUAGGGAAACGUUCUUUUACCAGCCUGAUAAAUAGGUAGGUCUGGCAAUUGGGUCGUGUUAAGCGGGUUAGUGUUGGGUCUUAAUGUGAUACACAUUGAAUCCACCCAAAUUGAGAACAACACACAAAAUUUCAUCAUUGAGCAAACCGGACAAGGAACAAGAGAAUAUAUCAAAAUCGCAUCAUUGAGUGCAGGCUACUCUUGAUGAACACUUUGCAUGACCAAUUGCAAAACAAGAAACAAGCCUAGGGUUACAAGCAGCUUGUGUGUGUUUCAGUGAACCUACCACCAGUGGCACCACCCACCAAGCAACUGCUAUACCCACAACCAUCAAACCACAACCAUACCCCAGAUGAAACGAGAGUGUCGGAAGCCGAGAGUAAGAGAUGAGAGAUUUGUGAGAUCUAAGAGAGUUUGAGGCAAAGAGAGAGAGUGCAAGGUCUGAGGGAGAGACCAAGAUAGAGAAAUCUGUCAGUGAUAAGAGAUCUGUGAGAAUGCUUUGAGAGGGGGAGGGGGGCUGAGGAGAGUGAGACGAACAAAAGAUUUGA